CGUAAUAUAAUGUUUUGUGCUUUUAUUGUGGUAACUUCCUGUGUAACCGGAAGUGAAUGUUGCUAACGGUAACUAGCUUGAUGUACAAAAAAGACGGAAGAAAACGGUAAACUAUUGUUAACGGAGAAAAGGGAGAGAAAAACAUGGUUAAAUUGUACAAAAACGAAUGGUUUUAGCUACAGUCGACAGGGGAACAAGCUCUUACGUUGGUACGUUGUUUGAUACACGGCAAGGAAUAAUAAAGGUCAUUCAACAACCAUCAGUUCUGGCCUUGUCAGUUCGACUGGAUGCUACAGUAAGAGCUUGACCGCUGCCAUUUUGCUACACCACAAGGGCUCAAGGUUUAACGGCAAUUCCCACAACGUCCAGCAGAUGGCAGAAGCAGGUCAGAGAAUAAAACGGUGAAAGACAUAAGGAAAAUAAAGUUGAAAUGGAGGAUUCAGAAGAAGACAUUAAUGAACAGUUUGAAAACAAAGAACAAAUAUUAAAUGAGCUGCAAGAUAAAGCUCAAAGUGACUCCACGGUUCCAAGGCGUUCAGAAAGAGCCAAGGUGCCAACGGAAAAAAUGCUAACUUAUCAGAGGGAAGAGAUAAGUAAAAAAGAAAAAAGACUAUUAACUCUUUAUGAACAAUGGAAAAUACGAGUGCCAGAAACAAGAGAAAGAUUAAAGUUGGACAUUUCAGAGAAAGAAAUGGCAGAUCUUGCAGAUGAUGUAGAGCAAAGAAAAGAUGAACUGCCAGUGCUUUAAGUGGGCCGGUACGCGCCGGUACUCAGUACCGCCACUUCUAAAUAUAGCUCUUGAGAGUACCGCCACCUCUCCAUGCGCCCAGAACGUGCUUUUAGCGUACCGGUACUCUCAUUUACACAUCUGUUAUAAUCGUUUGGCUGCGCUGCCGCUUUUCAGAGCGCCCUUCACAAGCACGCUUCCUAAUUCGUCCCACCGAGAGCAGAGACAAAUUUCCCACCUGUGGAACUAAUAAAGGCCAUCUUAUCUUAUCUUAUCUUAGACUACAUUACCCAUACACCAAUGUGUUUUACAAGUGAAAAGCACAUGCGUCGCUUUUGCCGUUGUCAUGUCAACAACUCAACGUGGUCCGGAGAGGGUGUGUAAAACGCGCAAACAGCUGCUCGGUUAAAAUACAAAAACAAUGAACACUUAAUAUGCUCUCCUGGCUUCAGACUCUGAGUAGUAAAAGAACAAGGUCAGAAUCAGAGGACUCGCUGGCUGACACCCCACCAAGCCAGAAUGAUAUCGCUGCAGGUCAGACGCAAGCUAAUGAAAGCUGCACUAGUGCCGCAGCCGCGGACGACGGCACUUUUGGCGACGACGAGGACGAGAAUGACACCAUUUCUACCGAUGACAACAGCCGCGUUAGCGAGCAUGAGUGGCCAGAAUGUUGGUCCCAAGCACAAGUCCGGUAUUUCUCCACAAAUUACAAGUGGCUGAUCAGCAGAAAUCAAAAGUUGGGUUGUAGUGUGUGUAGUCAAGUUUGUGCUCGCGUGGACAUGCAGCAAGGGCAGAGAGUGUCGCAGGAGUGGAGUGGGUGCUUAAUCUCGUCUUUUGGAAGGGACAAGGCUGCACAACAAAACUCACUACGAAAGAAAAUAAAAGAGCACAGAGACUCAAUUUAUCACAAGAAAGCAGUUGAAAUAAAAGAGAAGGCAACACAAAAUACAAUGCAAAAACACAUUGAAGAUAUGAGAAAGGCUGACUACGCUUCAACUUGCAAUGUGUUUAGAACAGCUUAUAAGAUUGGCAAGCAUGGGCGUCCCUUUACAGACAUGCCAAUAGAUGUCCAGUUGCAAGUCUUAAAUGGUGUCAAGAUGGGCAGAGUUUUGCACUCUAAUAACUCAUGUGCAAAUAUACUGGAUCACAUUGCAGCUGAAAUGAAAAAGAAGGUAGUCAAUGACAUAGUGAUGAAUGAAAGAAAAUUGUGUGUGCUCAUUGAUGAAUCCACUACAAUAAGUGGAAAGUCUGUGCUUGUCGUGUGCCUGCGGUCAGCUAUUUCCAGUGAAAAUCCAGACACAAUAUUUUUUGAACUGAUUGAGCUGCAGGGGACCACAGCAAAGGACAUCACUGAAGCACUGUUAGGAUGUCUUCAUAAUAAUGGCUUUGACCCUCACUACCUACAGGAACAUUUGUUGGCAUUUGCUUGUGAUGGAGCCUCAGUGAUGCUUGGGAGGAAAGCAGGAGUUGCUGCGCAGCUUUGUUCCAAAUUCCCUUACCUGUUUGUCUGGCAUUGUUCCAAUCACAGACUGGAACUGGCAGUUUGUGAUGUUUUGAAGGAGGUAGGAGGAAUCAACCACUUUAAAAUAUUCUUAGAUCAGCUUUACUCCCUCUACCAUGCAUCACCAAAAAACCAAAGGGAGUUAAUCGAGAGUGCUCACAAUGUUGGACAACAUCUCCUUGUGAUAGGCCGUGUUUUAUCAGUGCGUUGGGUUGCUUCAAGUGAGAGAACAGUGAAAGCAGUAUGGGAGAACUACCAAGCUCUGCAGGUACACUUUACAAGUGCUGCUGCUGAUACCAGCAGGGACUCAAGAGAGAGAGCAAAAUACAAAGGACUCAAUGAUGUUCUCACUACUGUUUCUUUUGUGGUCAAUCUUGGCAUCAUGUAUGACGCUCUCACAGAACUCAGUGACCUCUCAAGAAUGCUCCAGAGACGGGACAUGACUUUGGAUCAAGCCGACAGGCAGCUGGACCGACAAAUCCGGGUGUUUGAGUCAAUGGUAUCCACACCUGGUCCCUACACACAAACUGCCAUUGAAGCUGAAAAGGAGAAAAUCUUCAGAAAUGUAUGCCUGCAUGAAAAUCAGAGGGUUAUAAAAAUCAACCAUGGCCAAUUUUUCCGUAGCCUGGCUGAAAAUGUUAAGUGCAGGAUGACUCCAACAACUUCCUCGCAUGUCAGUAAAACCUCAUCUGAAAAGACAGAUAGUCACCUCCUCUCAGACAUCAAGGUCCUCCAGUCUGACUCCUGGCCUGCAUCUCUAGAUAUUCAAUAUGGGGAUGCAGCGGUCAGACGUUUAUGUCAGAGAUUCAGAGUUGGGGAGAGGCAAAGUGUCCUAGGAUUUAGGGAGUAUAAAGACCUUAAAGCUUCCAAGACACCAGCAGCCCUGAAGCCGCUUCUUACAGCUGUCCACACCAUUGCAGUAUCAACAAACAACGGCAUCACGGAAUAUUUUAACAUCGAUACUGGUGUGCGACAAGGCUGCGUCCUAUCGCCAUUCCUAUUUAACAUCGCCAUAGACCAUGUCAUGCGCCGAGCAAUUGGACCGAACACGAUGGGGGUCGCCGGACGUGAUCCCCUGCAGCAGUUCACAGAUUUGGACUUUGCGGACGAUAUAGCCUUACUUGCACCAACACUCCGGGCUCUUCAGAAAACAACCUCAUCUUUGGAAAGCGAAGCAGCACCGAUAGGACUCAGGAUCAGCGGUGAGAAGUCGAAGAUUAUGCGAGUUGGUUACGCUACACCAUCAAACACAGCGGUUACUGUGAAUCAGCAGCAGCAGCUAGAAGAGGUGGACAGGUUCAUGUACCUGGGUUGCACUUUUAGCAGUGACGGGGACGUGGAGCAUGACAUUAAGUGCAGAAUUGGGAAAGCAUGGGCAGCCUUUAAACGACUACGACCUAUAUGGAUGACCACCGCACUGCCUUUAUCAACCAAGUUGCGGCUCCUGAAGACCAUCGUUAUACCGACGGCACUUCUCUUGUAUCACCACUCACAUUACCUGCAGUUUCAGACGCUGGUCGCUACCUCUUGGCUUUCACACGCCGCCUUCCCUUUCACACACCAAGAUCUGGGGGCUGACCAGGAUGCCGGUGACAAAUACAGAGCGGAUCUGGAAGCCAGCAAUGGUGACAAAGAACCUCGGUUGACAAGGUGUAGGCACCUGCCGGACACCAGCCACCCACACCUGAGGAACUGGGUCUUAGCUGGCCUCACCCUGGGGACCAGUGCAGGGACCCACCAAGCACCAGCUGCCUCCUCCCGAGGAACAGGUCCAGGUGCAGAUGUGAAGGAGAAGCUGGGUCCCAUCCAUCCUGGGAUCAUGAACAGGGACCAGCUGAGUCCUAGCCUCCCUGCUUUGAGGGACUGGUACAGGAGCAGGGAAUUGCUGGACCUUAGUCACCUUCACCUGGGGAACUGGAAUGAGUGGAGAGAGGAUCAGGCAGGGGACGUGCUGCAGAGGAGGCGGUCCGUCAACUUCGAGCACCUCCAAGAACCAGUUUGGUCCCAUUGA